GCGGGGACACACGAUUCCACUCCGUCCGUUUCACUAUGAAUAUCCGAAGCAUAGCAAUGUCAUUCGGGGGAGGUCACCGCGUUGCAACCCUCCGUCGCUGGACGCUGCAUACAGUUUUCAACUUCUCCACUCUCCACAAUUUUUUGCCAUGGUUGGAGAACAAAGCUGCUUCCACCAUCUCUUCUUCCCUUUCCAUUGCUAAUUCUUCUUCAUACGGUAACUCCUUGUUUGCUUCCAACUCAAUUCAAACCGGUGAUUGCAUUUUACACGUUCCUUACUCUGUGCAAAUAACUCCGGAUAAUCUCCCUCCUCAAAUCAGAUCUUUGAUCACUGAAGAUGUUGGUAAUGUUGCAAAACUUGCCAUUGUUCUUCUAAUUCACAAGAAUUUGGGUCAGGACUCCGAAUGGUAUCCUUAUAUUAGCUGUCUUCCCCCGCAAGCGGAGAUGCAUAAUACGAUAUUUUGGAAUGAAAGUGAGUUGGAGAUGAUUCGUCAAAGUUCUGUUUAUGAGGAAACUAUUUACCAAAAGUCUCAAAUCGAAAAGGACUUUAUGGCAAUCAGGCCUGUUUUCAAAUCAUUUUGUCAAAGUUUUGGAGAUUUUACCUGCAAGGACUUCAUGCACGCAUGCGCACAAGUUGGCUCUAGAGCAUGGGGAAGCACAAAGGGUUUAUCUCUGAUUCCAUUUGCAGAUUUCUUAAAUCAUGAUGGGACUUCAGAAGCAAUUGUAAUGAGUGAUGACAACAAGCAAUGCUCAGAAGUUAUCGCUGACUGUGAUUAUGUUCCUGGUGAACAGGUACUUAUAAGAUAUGGAAAGUUUUCAAAUGCUACAUUGAUGCUGGACUUUGGUUUUACAAUUCCAUACAACAUUUAUGAUCAGGUUCAGAUUCAGUGUGAUAUACCUAAGCUAGAUCCUCUGCGUGACAUUAAAUUAGAACUCUUGCAGCAAUACUUUGUGCCUCCAACCAAAGUGGAGAAGGGCUUGAAGUAUUCUGUGAAUUCCUUCACAAUCAAGGAGGUGAAGUCUGCUGGAGGGAAAGGGAAGGGUGUGCCACAAUCACUUCGUGCACUUGCUCGUGUUCUUACUUGUACCACGCCUCAGGAGCUUAACUAUCUGGUCAUGGAGGCUGCGCAAACUGAUGGUAGGCUGGCUAGACGCUCUUUACAGGAUAUGAACAGAGAGAUACAAGCACACAAGAUAUUAUCCUCAUUAUUCAUCCAAUUAAUUGAGGAGCGCAAUGCAACUAUUACAUCAUUAGAUUCUUGCGAUUCUUCAUCCUUGGGCGAAAGACUUCCUAUUAGAAGACAAAUGGCUCAAGAUCUCCUACAUGGGGAGCUUCGCAUUCUGAAAUCCGCUUCUGCCUGGCUGGAGAACUACUGUUUUUCCUUGACUUGAUGAUCAUUAAAUCGCUACAGCUAGAGAGCUAAGAACAGAAUUAACACAAAUGUUAAUGGAAGAUGAAAUUGGGUCCCGCUGGGAGUUCAAUAAUACAGGUUUUCUAAUUCAUGCAUGAUGUUUCCCUCACUUGACAUUUCAAUCAGAGCUAUGUAACUGCCCUCGCAUAUUAUGAUGUAUUGGUAUAAAACCAUAAUCUACUUUCUCAACUGGAUUCCCCGCAGUCAUGGGGAAUCCACAUUCAGGGAAUCAACGACCUUAGUCUUUAUCGGCAUAUAAAAGAAAAUGGAGAUUUUAAUUCUUAUCAAA